AUGUUCACUCAAGGCGUUCAAAAGAUUAAGUUAUCAAAGCACUUCCAUGAUACAUGCAUUGCCAUUGGUGAGUGCAAGAGCCGUGAAGCUGAAGAAAAAAUCGUUUCUCAGUGGAUGCAAGAAGUUAAGAAGAAUUUAGACAAGAAGAAGAUCAACAUUUCAGAUCUCUACGAAAAUGUCAUUUCUUUAGUUCAUCUUACCCUUCUUGGCUACAACACAAACUUCGGCCAAAUUCAUGCAGUUAACUUGACACAAGACGUUCAGAUGAUGACAAAAGCACUCGGCUACUUAGCAUGCUCAGCUCUUUUCGAUUCGAAGUCCGAUCUUAUCGUUCUUAUUGUCAACUCUACUCAGCGUGAUUUGUCAUCCAAUCAUCCAACAUCAAUGGCUCUUGCCUUAACUGCCAUUGCACAGCUUGUUACACCAGAACUCAUCCAACCAGUCAUCGGUUUUGUUGGACAGUGCCUCAACCACUCUGUUCCAAUCAUCCGCCAAAAGGCCAUCAUGUGUGUUCAUUCCUUCAUCGAGAAGGAUGCUUCUACAGUUGUUGAUUUAUUCCCAGAGCUCUGCCGUCUUCUUUCUGACCCAGAUCUUUCAAUCGUCAACUCCGUCAUUGUAACAUUCACAACACUCCUCAAACACCACCUCAACAUCCGCCAGAUCUGCGAGCUUCUUCCUGAUAUCACACGCGCUGCUCAAAUGAUUCAGACAAACAAUACAAAGAUCGAGUACUCAUUCCAGAACGUUAGCGCUCCAUUCGUCUUGAUCAACAUCCUCAGACUCAUCAGAAGAAUCGCCUUAGAUACACCAGGAAUCCAAGAUCAAAUCGAGCCGAUCUUGGCCCAAACAAUUUCUUCAGUUACACUCGAGACACCAGCCUCAGCGGCCCUCCUCUACGAAGCUAUCAAGACAGCCAUCGCUCUCGACAUUACAGAGAUCCCACAACUCAAAGGCGCCAUUUCAUUAUUCAUGUCCGCAAGAGAACAGAACUACAAAUAUAUCGGCUUAUCACUCUUAACUACAAUACCUGAUUUCGCAUCAGAAUUCCAGUCUACAAUCAUUGAUUGCCUUGAACAUCCAGAUCCAAGUAUCAGAUUGAUCACAUUAAACCUUCUCCACAACAUGGCCUCCGAAGACAAUGCCCAGAUCAUUGUCAUCAACAUGUUGAAGUUCUUCCAGCGUACAAAGAACGAGAUAAUCAGACGUGAUCUUUCUGAUCGCAUUACAGACAUUGCCUCCAAGUUCUCACCAUCACCAAUCUGGUUUGCCAAGACCAUGGAGCAAUUAUUUGCCAUUGGUGGUGACUUAGUCCGUCCAGAAGUUGCAUUCCAAGUCAUGAAGAUCAUUGAUGAAGAAUGCGAUGAAGAAAUGAGGAGAUCCAUUGUCAAUCUUUACUUGGAUGUCGCACAGUCUGCUCGCAGGUUAUCCGAUGUCUUUGUAACAGUCAUUUCCCAUGUCAUUGGAAAUUACGCCGAAUUAUCCGAUGAAUAUGAUUUAUCCUUCAUUAUUUUGCUAUUAUGCGAUUUGGCUGAUGGAUAUGACAAUCCAAGAGAAUGGGUUUUGAACGCUAUUCUCAAGUUGUUACCAAAGAUUGAAGAAGUUCCACAAGAAGUGUUAGAUGUAUUUGAGAACUACAAACAAUCUAGAUCCAUCAUUGUUCAGAACAUCUGUUACGAAGCAUUGCAAUUGUUGAAUUUCAGAGAAUCAUUGAACAUCGUUUUAUCAAUGAAUGAAGAAGAAGAUCCACAGUUAUCAUUCCUCAAUGACUUUGUCAACGAAGCAAUUGCAAAUGGUGGCCGUCAAUACAUUCCUAUUGAUGACAGAGACACAGAUAUCAUUGUUACAAACAAACCAACACUUAUUUACACUCAAUAUCCACAUAACACACCAGGAAAUGUUUAUUCCGCUGAUGGUGUCAAUUCAGGACCAGUUUCAACACAAGUUGAAGAAGACACAACAACAUUGAAUGUAUCAGGUGUUGCCGCUGUUUGGGGUAACGAAGGAUUGGUCGAACAAGCACCAGAACAACCACAACAACAAGCACCAACAUACACACAGAACUACGAAGAACCAAUGGACACUUAUCACCAGAAGAAACAGUCAAUGUUCGCUAAGUUGGCUGUUGCAGGAAAGAAGAACCAAAACGCAGAGCAAGAGAAGAAAGACAAACUCGCAGCUUCCAUCUUCAAAGGUGCAAAGCCAAUCGCUAAGAAGCCAAUAAACAAACAAGCUCCUGCCGCUGCUGCUGCUCCUGUUUCUGCUCCAGUUGUCAAUGUUCAAUUGACACCAGAACAAAUCCAAAACAUCGAGAAGGCAACUGCUGAAUUACAGACACCUCCUCCACAGAAGAUUGCUGAAUUCUCUGCAUCAGGAAUCUCUCCACAACCUGUUUAUGGCGAUGAUUAUAUUAAAGUCAUCGCAUGUGCAAACCAAGGAAAGAUUUUGGUCGCAGUAAUGAACGCUACAUCGACACCAAUUGGAGAUUUCAAGUUGAGUAUUGAAGGUCCAGAUGUCCUCAACAAGGAGAUUGUUUCGCAGCCAGAGACUAUCAACUGCAUCCCUCCACAGAACGCUGUAACAAUGCUCGGAAUCUACUCAUUCCCCAAGACAAUGAAGGGAUUCCCACAGUUCAAGUUCACAGCAAAUAUCGAAUACUUCGGAAAGAAGUUGAACGUCAACUUGCCAGCAAACUUGUUGUCUUUCAUCGCUCCACAACAGGCAACAACAGCUGAAUUCGGCGCUGCUUGGAAGUCUGGCGGAAGUGAGAUUGUCUACACUCUUCCAAAGUCUGAGGGAAUGACACUCGACGACAUCUCAAGAUUGAUGAACACUGUCGUCGGAGUAAAAACUGUUCAGAGAAUCGGUCAGGAAGAGAUCUUCAUGGGGUUGUUGGUAUCUACUCCAUUCAAGAUUUUGAUCCACGUCAAGUUUGGCGCUCAGAAGGUUGAUAUCAAGGUCUUAACAAAGGCUCAGCCACUCACUGCUUCUCUCGUCAACGACCUCAAGACAGUUUUCGCUUAA